AUGGGCAACACUCACUCGAAAGCCAAAGCUGAGACCUACCGCUCCAACCGCCUUUCAAAGCCCCUGACCAAGAAGUUUAAUGCCAGUCAAAGUCCUCAACAUCCCGAAACAGACCCCCCAACGAUCAUCAAUUCAGGGCUGAUAGGGUGGCAAAACCCUUGGGUUGGCAACAAUAUCUCCAGUACGCCUGUGGAAAAACGGGGCAGUUAUCCCAAGAAAGCAGAGAUCCCGCCCACCCUUUUUGAAACAGACUCGUCCGAGGAGAGCCCGACUGAGGAUCGAACCUUUGUAUAUGAACAGAAUCCCACGCAGCGUGGUCUAAGCGGCCCAAGCCUGUUGAGCGCAAGCUCUUCGAGAAGGACAUCGUACCAGUCGGAUACGUGGGAAUCAGCUUCUCAAUCCUCGCCUCUUUAUGAACAGCCACCAAGGCGGGCCAGUUCGACUCGAACUCCUCUACAGAGACACAACAGCGCUGUCUAUGACCACAUCGGCGGUGCAACAUCUUCCAACACCCACUUCUUGGUUGGCAACCAACGGUUCUCAUUAACGCGUCGACGAUCGCUCCUCACACGACCUGGAGUUGCGACCAGACGAACAACAGGCGCAAUUCGACGCGUCCCAUCCCCCAUUGGAGAGCCUGCAUGCCCGAUCGAGGAUCCGACUGAGUCGACUGUUUUGCAAUGGCCAUUGCCUUCGAGCUCUAGAUCGCUGCGUCUACCAUCCCCAGUGCGGCCGACGAGUCCCAUGGAAGCCCGAUAUACUCAGCUCGGGGCACUCAAAUUGGGGUCUUUGCGAGUUGUAAAUGGCUCGGUCUCCCCAUGUCCGAGCGAACGCAUUCCUCUCGAUGGUCCCUGCGCUCCAGGCCCUGGUCUUGGCCUUGAUAACAUAGAAGUCCUAGGGCCUAGCAGGGGGUCGAUGCUGGAGAUUCCAUCCUUACCCGACAUGAAGAAAACAGACGAUGCUCCGGGCAGUCCGUUCUCUUUCGAAAAGUCGCCUACUAUCACAGUCCAGCAUCGAGCAAUAUCAUUGUUUCCUGGGGAUCUGGAAGAUGAAGGGAUCGUCCUCUCCGAUGAUACCAGAAUUCAGUUGGAAAAAGGUGCUAUGGACGCUGGUCUUACCCGGAGCACGCCACGAUCCCUCAACAAGUCCGACAGUGGCUACAGCUCUGCCACCUCAGUCUACUCCAUACAGCGGAGCCGGACUCACAGUUCUGCUGGCUCACAGACGUCUAGCUCAUGUGGUGCUGACAGCUCAAAGAACGUUUCUAUUUUGAAAGACUCGGCUUCAGGUCGACCAGGCGACCAAGUGCAGCGCCCUCUGAGCCUGCAGACGAAGGCAGAGAACUACUCAAGGUCGUACCCAGCCGCUGCUCGCUGGUACGAUUCGAGCGACACAACCCCCCUCGCUCCGUCGCGAUCGCGUCGGUCAACUUUGUGUGCACCCCGAUAUACGGAAUAUUCUUCGCCGCGGGACUCCUUCGAAGUCAAGUCUACCGCCGUGGUCUCUGUUCCACACCAGAGCCAACAAGGCUUUACCAGGGGACCUUUCUAUGGAGAUCGAUUGUCCUUGGGCUCGUUUGAUCUUGCAUCUUCUACCGGGUCGGCCGCAACUGGAGAAUCACAACUCAGUCGCCAACAGUCGACUACUGAAAACAAGGAGCGACUUCGCAGCUCGGCCUCCGAGUAUCAAAUUCAUGAAGAGUACAAUAGACAACUCUCUCGAUCCAAAAGCCGACUGGGAAGUCGCAUCUGGAGCAAGAAACCAGGCGUUGAAGUUCCCCCGCUGCCCACUGUUGCGUCCCCAGGUUAUUUGCAGGAUGACCUUGACCUUGAUGCUGAAUUAACUCCCUCUGAGCCGAUGCGAGGUCGGUCUCGAAGUCGAACCAAUGACUAUCACCGUCGUCGGUUGACGAAGGCCCGUCCCCAGCCGGAUUUGUGCAUAUGA